GGGCGGGCGGGCUGUUCGCUCAGUGUCGAGGCGCGCGCGCCGCCGCCGCCAUGGGCAACCAGCACUCCGCCGCGUCCGCGCACCGUGCCAGGAAGAAUGUGCACUGGAAGACUGCAGGUCGGCCGGCGGCGCCGGGCAAGCCGGAUAUCGUGCCGCUGCAGUCGGAGGAGGAGCCCAAUGCGAUCACGCUGCGCUGGGCGGCGCCGGCGCACGACGGCGGCGCGGCGCUGCGCGGCUACCAGGUGGAGUGCAACCGGCUGGGCGCGGCCGAGUGGGUGCGCACGGCGCCGCCCGUCGUGCAGCGCCCCGAGCUGCUGCUGUCGGGCCUGCAGCCGCCGCACCGCUACCAGUUCCGCGUAGCCGCGCUCAACGCCGUGGGCCGCUCCGACUACAGCGAGCUGUCCGACGUGCUGGCCGUGGGCGAGCGCACGCCGCUGCGCCCGCCCGCCUUCACGCGCCGCCUCGAGGACGUCACCGCGCUCGAGAACGACAAGACCGAGUUCCGCGUCGAGUUUGAGGGCGCGCCGCCACCGGUCAUCGCGUGGUUCAAGGAUGACUACGAGAUCUUCAGCAGCCGCCGCACCGCCAUCGCCACGACGGAUGCGGCGAGCGUGCUCGUGUUCCACCAGACGCUGCCGAGCGACGAGGGCGAGGUCAAGUGCACGGCCACGAACCGAGCCGGCCACGCCGUGACACGCGCGCGCCUGCUGCUCGAGGCGGCGCCAAAGCUGCGCUACCCGCGCCAGUACGAGGACGGCCUCCUGUACGAGGUCAACGAGACCAUCGUGCUCAAGACGACCGUGGUCGGCAAGCCGCCGCCCGCGGUCGAGUGGCGCCACGACGGCCGCCCGCUCGCCACCGACGAGCGCGUGCAGAUCGUGACCACGCCCCGGCUGUCCACGCUGAAGAUCGCGGCGGCGCGGCGCAGCGACCGCGGCGAGUACCAGGUGAGCGCGCGCAACGCCAUCGGCGAGGACGCGGCCGCCUUCCUCGUGACGGUGACGGCGCCGCCGCAACCGCCGCGCGGUGUGACCGUGGCGCGUCAGGUGGACAAGUCGGUGACGCUGGCGUGGCGCGCGCCCGAGGACGACGGCGGCUGCCGGGUCGGCAACUACGUGGUGGAGUACUACCGCAGCGGCUGGGACGUGUGGCUCAAAGCGACCGCGAGCCGCCAGACGAGCGUCACCCUGUUCGACCUGAUCGAGGGCAGCGAGUACCGCUUCCGCGUGAAGGCCGAGAGCCCGUACGGCAUGAGCGCGCCGAGCGCGGAGUCGGCGCCCGUGCGCAUCCCGGGCGAGGCGGCCGACAUGGACUUCCUCGCGGUCGAGUCGCGUAUCAUCAACGAAGCGCUGACGCGGCGCGAGGGCGAGGCGCCGCCCGUGUCGCCGGCGCCGCGCCGCAAGCGCACCUCGGCGCCGUCCUCGCCGCUACCCUCGCCGCUGUCGUCACCGCUGCCAGCCGCCGCGCCGCCCUCGCCGCCGCCGCCGCGUAAGCAGAAACGCGCGUCGCUGCCGGGCGACGCCACUAGCAACGAGUUCAUGCUGGUGCUGUACCCGGACAACGCCAAGACAGAGAACAAAUCCGAGAAGAGAAAGUCCUUUCAAUUGGAUUUGGAGGACGCGCUGUCACCACCGCCCAUAUCGCUAUCAGCACCAGAACUCCGCUCUAGGUCUGUGCUCCCCUUCAAAGCCCUUCGCAACGCCGUCUCCUCCACGGAGCUACUCCACGAACGAGCAAUGGCGAGAUUUUACAAAGCCGUCGCCUUGAAAGAGAGACAGAAAGAAGAAAAACAAAACGAGAAACCUCCCCAAAUCGAACCCAAUCACAUUCCGUACAACAACGUCGAUCGAAACCAUUCUUCCGACCAAAAACCACAAAUCAUAGAAGAAACCAAAAUGCUACAGAUGCCAGAAAUAGUCAUCAAACAGGAUUCUUUCGAAGACAAUAAAUUAAAACCGCCCACGCCGCGACAGAAUUCCGACAAUUCAGAUAAAUGGCAGCAAAUAUCGUUCGAAGAGGACUACACUGCCAGCACUGUGUCCACCGACGGUGACUACACGGACGAGGACGAAGUAGACAGUCUCACUGAGGAAAUCGGAAGGGAAGGCCAGUUGGCAGAGGAAGAAGUUUACCAUCCGAGAAACAAAACUGCCCUCCCGCAACCCGUUGACGAAACUAUCGAUGAAGAAGAGGAGGAGGAAGAAAGAGAACCCGUGAAACCUUUGCCCUUACUCGACCCUAAUUUUGUACCGAAGCCAAUUUUAAAGAAAAGAGUACUACCCACUCCUGUCCCUACGUUACCUGCACGUACAGUAAAUGCCAACAAAAAGGUCGAGCCUAACAAAAAACAAGAAACAGAUACUGAAGAUAAUCAGAAAAAGGAAGAGAAAAUGACUUUAUUUAAGAAAAUCAAACAGAAACCUUUCAGUUUUCUUAAUAAAAAAGACAUUGAUAAAUCUACAAAGGCACCAACAGAAGCGAAAGAAGAGAAAUCAACAAAGAAAGUAGAAAAGACAGUAGAUAAAUAUGACGACGAAGGUAGAACUGUUAUCGACUACUACGGCAAUAUCGUGAAAGAAUACGGUACUCCGAAAAGGCCAACCACGCCUCUUUAUCUAAAUACGGAAGACCUAAAACAAGUUGCAGAACAACAGUCCAAUAAGGAAGCUACAAACGAUAAUAAUAACGUACCGGAUAAACCACCAGAACCGAAACAACCAAAGAAAAAACAAGUAAAGAAAGUAUCAGAAAAUAAAGUCAAUUCAGUUAAAAAGAAAAGAAUAUUACCGAAGGAAAAACAAAAGCCUCAAAAAGACAAACCAAAGGAGGAAAAAUUGGAAAAACCAAACCAACAGUUAAACAACUCAACUGUAAAGAAGAGUGAGAAACCUCCAGGUACCAGAACUGAAGACACGCGUGUUCUUCUAAAAACAACGGAACGAGCUACAGUUGUCAUACCUAUAGAUUAUAAAGAAUUAGAAGAAAGAGCAAAAGUGAACGUCCGCUCUGCAAUCGAUUAUACAGUCGACAUUUGCCUGUUGCUGCUCGCUUUCUGGGUAUACUUCUUUAAGGAUGAGAGAUUAGCGAUACCAUUCCUAAUACUCAUCAUCUACCGUCAGCUGCAAGAGACUAUUUUUCGAAAUAUACCCGAAUGGAUCGGCCGCCACACGCCCCAGUGGCUUAAAAAGAAGACUUCUUGAUUAUUCCCGAUAUAUUGUGCGAUUAUUUGAUUGUAAUGUGAACUUUGUGUGUGCGAUAUUGUGAUUUAUGUUGUUAUAAUAUGAUAUAAAGUUUUUAUAUGUUUGU